UAACUGAGGAAUUUUGUCCCAAGGUACAGAGGCUACUAUAUUUGAAAUAACUAAAUAUAGGUUAUUCUUUAUUUACACGAAAAUACAACAACAUAAACAUAAACAUGGUCAUGUGAGAUCUAAUGAGAUUAUCUGGCUUCAUUAAAAGGCUCCAAGCGUCUGAAUUGAUGGGCACACCUCGUUAACACCUCCACGAUAAUCCCAUUAAGUCAUAAUGAGAGCAUUUAAACACGUAGAUGUAGAAGAAAUAGAAGAGAAAUGAUUUUUUUUUUUUUUAAAAAUCUCUCUGAACUACUUCUACACUCAAACGCCUCAUAAUAAAACCACAAUAAAAAAACAAAAGCCCCAGCAGCGCGUCCAGCGAUGUGAAUAUGCGCAGCUCGCCUUUUUCUUAAAAGUCUUUAUGGCAUAUACAACAGAGUCCAGAGUCCAUGAAAGUUUUGCUGAUAAGGGGAGCCAAUAAAAGCAGCAGUGCAGCAGUGUAAACACAUGUCCACCUCGGCGCAGAGCGGGGCCUUAUUCUGUGGAUUUACAUAAGGCUCCCAUCAGCCGGCCCACUCAUUAUCAUGUUUUAUAUCCCCCUGCUCUCUCCAAGCAUCAUGGCAAAGUAGCUCCAUCCUCCCCUCCGACAGGGAAGUGAAGCAGCCUCUCGGAGCAGGUGUCAGCAGCCGCGCACAACUGGACUAAGAGAGGAAGAGAGGGACUUUAUUCUGACUUUAUUAUUAUUUUUUUUUUAUUAUCAUCCUCUCUAUCAUUCCCUCUUUCUUUGCUUGCAGCGCGCAACCCCAGCAGGCCUAUGUUGUGUUUUUUUAAUGUUCUCUAAAAUGGUUUCCAAGCUGACAUCCCUGCAGCAGGAGCUCCUCAGCGCCCUGCUGGACUCAGGAGUCACCCGAGACGUGCUGAUCCAGGCCCUGGACGACAUGGACCCCAGCCCGCCGGGCUUUGGAGUAAAACUGGAGAGCCUGCCCAUGUCGCCCGCCGCCGCGCCUCAGAGCGGCAAGAUGAGCGCGGCGGACGUCGACUCCAAGCCCGUCUUCCACACGCUCACCAACGGCCACAGCAAGGGCAAGCUGUCCGGCGACGAGGGCUCCGAGGACGGGGACGACUACGACACGCCGCCGAUCCUGAAGGAGCUCCAGUCGCUGAACACGGAGGAGGCCGCCGAGCAACGCGCGGAGGUGGAGCGCAUGUUGGCCGAGGACCCAUGGCGUGCUGCCCGCAUGAUCAAAGGUUACAUGCAGCAGCACAACAUCCCCCAACGGGAGGUGGUGGACAUCACAGGGCUCAACCAGUCUCACCUCUCCCAGCACCUCAACAAAGGCACGCCCAUGAAAACACAGAAGCGAGCGGCCCUCUACACCUGGUACGUCAGGAAACAGCGGGAAAUUCUCCGACAGUUCAACCAGGCAGCUCACGGUUCUGGCAGCAAUAUGACAGACAAAGGCAAUCAGGAUCCGGUGUUUUUUUUCCCAGAGUUCAACCCGUCCGGUCAGGGUCAGCCUGGUGACGAGGUGGGCAGCGAACCCUCCAGCAAGAAAAUGAGACGCAACCGUUUCAAGUGGGGGCCCGCGUCCCAGCAAAUCCUGUAUCAGGCCUACGAACGGCAGAAGAACCCCAGCAAGGAGGAGCGGGAAACUUUAGUAGAGGAGUGCAACAGAGCUGAGUGUCUCCAGAGAGGCGUCUCCCCCUCCAAAGCUCAAGGCCUCGGCUCUAAUCUGGUCACCGAAGUGCGAGUCUACAACUGGUUCGCCAACCGGCGCAAAGAGGAAGCUUUCAGGCAGAAGCUGGCCAUGGACGCCAUCACUUCACAGCCCCACAGCAUCAACCCUCUGCUGUCUCACAGCUCGCCACAUCAUCAGACCAGCGCGUCGCCUCCAAUGCGUUACAGCCAAGGCCCCGGCGAGGUCUCCUCCUCCACGACCAUCAGUCACCACAGUAGCAACGCCAUGCCGUCCAGCCAGUCGGUGCUCCAGCAGGUGUCUCCGGGAGGAUUGGACCACAGCCACAGCCUGCUGUCACCUGACGCCAAGAUGAUUUCAGGAUCAGGUGGAGGACUUCCUCCAGUCAGCACGUUGACCAACAUCCACAGCUCCCAUCACAGCCACCAGCAGACACAGAACCUCAUCAUGCCUCUAUCAGGAGUCAUGGCCAUCGCACAGAGUUUAAACACAUCGCAGUCUCAGACGGUGCCAGUGAUCAAUAGUGUGGCGGGCAGCCUCGCCGCGCUGCAGCCAGUCCAGUUCUCCCAGCAGCUCCACAGCCCCCACCAGCAGAGCCUGAUGCAGCAGUCCCCCAGCCACAUGAGCCAGCAGCCGUUCAUGGCUACCGUCACACACUCGCACAUGUAUCCUCACAAGCAAGAGCCCCCGCAAUACUCCCACCCGUCACGCUUCCCCUCGGCCAUGGUGGUCACGGACGCCAACAGCCUCAGCACCCUCAGCUCCAUGUCCUCGAGCAAGACGGACGCUCCUGUAAACAAGAUGGUGCAACUCGGGGGUCUCUCCUGGUGUCCUCUUCAGGCCUGGUGAGAGCGUCCACCUGACUUCCUCGGUGCCCGGCAACCGGAGCACAUUUUUCCACCCUCUCGGCGCGAUAACCAUGACAACUCUUAAUAACCGGCAACGGCGCGGCUGGAUGAUGAGUCAGUCAACAAAAAAAAAAAAAAACGAGAGGAGUGACGACGGCGGGGCCAGGCGGUGAAUGAUGAGAAGAACGGGGACAGCGGAGGGAAGAGACUGGAUUCCCCUCGGUCGCACACAAAAUGAUCAACAAGGAUGAUUUUAACACAAUCUGUGAAAACAGUAUUCAGUUUUUUUUUUUUUUUUUUAAUGCCUCCUUUUUUUUUUAAAGGAACAAAAAAAAACACAAAGCACCAGAAAAAUGCUCAGAAGCUGUGUGUGGUACGGACCUGAAUGAAGGCAACUUAUAUUACACUGUGAUUAAAGGUGGAAAUAUGAAGACACACGGACACGACAGAGACACUAAUCAGCCUCUGUGAAGGCUGGAAAAAAAAAAAAAAACUCACGAGAAGUUCCUGGAUGACGUGAGCGCGUGAGCAGAACUGUGUGACAAUCACAAUAACCUGUUAUUGAUCUUCUUACUGGGCUUUAAAGGAGUCUUCCAUAUUAUUCUCUCACACUCAGUUUACUGUACUAGCACAAGUGCAGGCGAUGAAUGCUCGGGGGAUUCAUCAUGUCGAGUUGUUCAAUGUGUAUACUGUGAUUGAAAAGACUUUGACAAUCUUGAAAAAGGACUAUGCAAUGCGUCUAUAGGUGUAUGCAGUGCUUUGUAUAACUGGAUUCAGCACAGAACUCCACACACUUGAGACUGGGGAUGAAUUAUGCACUAUCAGUGAAGUCACCUACAAUUAUUGUACAGUGGAGCCGCCCGUGACAUGGCAAGAAAGUAGCCGUGUGUGACCAACAUGCCAAAGAUGAAGAGAGUGGAGUGUAGGUACGACUACGAUAGCCUGCAGUAUCUGUAAACCACGUCUGCCUUAGGGGGAACUGACUCACACUCUUUAAACGUGGCCCUUCCCCUCCAUGUUGUUUGCACACAGGUUUCAGGUGAAUUUCAGGAAUGGGACUCACCCUCCUCCUCCCUGCCUCCCUCUCUCCCUCUCUCUGACUUCCUGCUCCAAAGUGAGGAGAUACUAAAACAGGAUAAAUAUUGUCAAUAACUCCUCGUCAUAAAUCAAGGCACAGGACCCCCCGCUGAGGCAGAAAGAAUGAAAAUAUUGACAAGUAUUCAGAAACAAAACAGCCAUAUUAGUCUGGUAUUCAGUGAAGAGGAGAGACAUGAAAGAGGACGAUGUUGUGACAGCAGCUGCUCUAAUCAGACAGGAAUCCACACGGACUGAGAAAUGUAGGGGAGAGGAGCAGCUGCUCGUGAGCACUACAGAAGUGUGUUCAGAGAGAAAAGGAAGCGAGCUGUCAACGUUCAUGUCAUUACACAAAGUCGACCAUUUCUGUAUAUUCAACUGAAUCACUGGGAUAAGUGUCGGCAAUGUGCUAUUUUGCAAACCAAGGAUAUGAUGAAAUUAUAUCAUUAUUAUUAUUAUAAUAUUGUUAUUAAGGCACAAAAACCAUUUGGUCAGUGUUAGAAAAGAUCAUGUUUUUGUAGCACCAAACUCAUUAAAGAUACCAGUUUUUUUUGCUGCAAAUUAACCAGACGUCUUGUCAAAAAUACCUUUUUUUUCCCAGCUGCAAGUUGUUCUAACAUCUCCUUUGAAAUAUUUGAUUUUUGAAGACAUUUUUCCAAAGUAUCAUUAACAAUAGCCAUUGAUUUCAUUACGAAUACUGAAACUUGGCAAGCUACCAUGUCAUCACUAUCCCCUCCUCCUCAUGACAUAGAAGUCAGCUAAUCCACACUUAAUCUGAACAUGCAGAAAUCUCUAUAUGAUACAUGAAAUGUACAAAUGUAAUGUAUCUUUGGUUUGCAGACACGUACAGUGCCAGUAUAUUAUUCUGGUGAAACUGAGACGGAUUAUUCACCCCGACAGCUUAAAGCCUAUUUGUGUUCAGCUCAGCCUCUGACUGAACUCCCCACAAUCUUUUCUCCCUUUUUACACCUUGUUUCUGUACAUUUCUUUAACCGGGUUUCACAAACUGCAAUAAGCUCCAACAUCUGUGUGAAUUUAUAUCCAAAUGCGUUUUUUCACUGACAUCUGUCUGAACACAAAGUCGCAGUUUAGGUGGCGUUUUCCUUUCACUGUCACUACCCAAAAGGCCAUUUUGACCAUCAAACCUGUUGUAAGUGUGACAGAUCCAGUCUCCUGUUCAAUAUUAGGUCAUUACAUUGUUAUUAUUAUGUUUGGUUGGUUUGUGACUGUUAUCGGCACGUCUACUGCCAUCUGAUCAGAGGGCACUCAUACUUGUGUGACAGGACAUGAUUUUUUUUUCCUCCUAAUGUAUUAUUUUUGUAUAAAAUUGAAAUCAAUCAUAAAUCAUUAUUUAUACUUUCUGAGAAAAUAUUGAUAUUUCAAGUAAAAGUUUUUUUUCCAAAAUGAA